AAUUUGGAUACAUACCCAGAUGGCAUAAUUUCUAUCAUAAGCCUGUAGGAAAAGCUUGAAGUUCUUUACUUCUCAGGUUCUCAGAGCCAGCUUGCUCUUGGGAGAGGGGCCUGGUAUAGGGGCUGCCCAGGUUCAUAGCCUAUGCUGUCAAGCAUGUUUGGAGUUGCAUACCUGUUCCCAUGUCAGUUUCUCUAACUGAAGUCAGGAAAUUCCUCAGCUGGAUUCUAGGAAACCAGGAACCCAUAUUCCCAAAUGCAAGAUUGGGGCCUGGUUUGUCUUUCAAUUUGGGCACAUUUCAUUCUCUCCAGGAAAAUGGGCCAUUUCCAUCCUGCACAAUGUACACCAAACCACAGCUGGGAUAUGGAGUCAGGAGAGGGAAGCUGGAGCUCAACUCUCAUGGACUAAAGGAUGGAUUCUGGAUGCGUUCCAGGGGACACCUUAUUGGAUUGGUGGCUUCCAUCAACCCUAAAAACCUUCCCGUUCUUUGAUGCCGCUGACCCAGAUGGCAUCACCUCAGUUACCAUGGCUUGGUCCAAACAGCGACUUCUGUUCAUGGGCUCUGGAACUGAGUGGCCAAAAAUCUGGAAUCCCUGCAGUAGGGAGAGUAGCCUUGUCCCUGCCCUGCUACAAGUCUGUUCAUAUGGAGACAUACAAAGCCGUGGGCCUCUUAUCAACAUUCAAAGGGUUGAUUGUGCAAGCUCACAUUCCUCUAGAGCAACUCCCCCAGCUUGUGAGAUCUCCGAGAGGGAACAUGUGUUCCUGGCAUCCAGCUUCCCCUGGUGCUCCCCCUGACCUGCCUCAUUCCAGGAGUUCCCUCUCUUCAGAGACCCUGUGUGCCCACACGAGUGGACUUUUAGAAAAUGGCCUAUAGUUCAAAGGCCCUGCAUUGCUUUAUGGCCUUGGAAAUGUGGGGAAAGUGUCAGAUGAAGAAUUUCUAUCCUCCUCACCUCCUCCCUGUCUCCCAUAAAUGCAUAC